CGAGGCCACGGCGGCGCCCCCACCCCCGGCGCAAGCGUGCAUCAGCGCGGUGCGCCCCAGGCGGUCUGCGAUGUUGGGGUCCGCACCUUGCUCCAGGAGGCCUUCAAGUGGGCGGAUCUCCCUCCUCGUCUUCUCCUAGAUUGGCCGGGAGAACUCACCAAUGGGGAGCUCUGAGAGGCGGACCUACAGCGCCACCAGCUAGAGGAAGACCAGCAAAUUUCAAGUUGGCUGCGACGAGGGCUCCGCGUGGGGGAGGGGCAGCAGGUUUUUCUCACUGGAUCACUGAAUACCCAGGCCCCCUCCACCAUGGCCAGUCGGGGUGGGGGCCGGGGUCGUGGCCGGGGCCAGCUGACCUUCAACAUGGAGGCUGUGGGCAUUGGGAAGGGGGAUGCUCUGCCCCCAUCCACCCUUCAGCCUUCUCCACUUUUCCCUCCCUUGGAGUUCCGCCCAGUACCUCUGCCUGCAGGAGAGGAAGGGGAGUAUGUCCUGGCACUGAAGCAGGAGCUACGAGGGGCCAUGAGGCAGCUCCCCUACUUCAUCCGGCCAGCUGUCCCCAAAAGAGAUGUGGAGCGUUACUCAGAUAAAUACCAGAUGUCAGGGCCGAUUGACAAUGCCAUCGACUGGAACCCUGAUUGGCGACGUUUACCCCGGGAGCUAAAGAUCCGAGUGCGGAAGCUACAAAAGGAACGGACCACCAUCCUAAUCCCCAAGAGGCCCCCUAAGAACACAGAAGAUAAGGAAGAAACAAUACAGAAACUAGAGACCCUGGAGAAAAAGGAGGAAGAAGUGACUUCAGAGGAAGAUGAGGAGAAAGAAGAAGAAGAAGAGAAGGAAGAGGAAGAAGAAGAGGAGUACGAUGAAGAAGAACAUGAAGAGGAAACUGAUUACAUCAUGUCAUAUUUUGACAAUGGAGAGGACUUUGGGGGUGACAGUGAUGACAAUAUGGAUGAGGCUAUAUACUGAAAAAGGACCCCGAACAGCACCCUGGGCCUUUGGAUCUUUUUUUGAUUUAAGAUACAGAGAAUAACUGUCCCUAUUAUUUGGUUUUGUGGACAGGCAGAUCAUUUGCUGAGAGCCCAGAUGAACUGUUUGGCCCUGGGGAUAGGAAUGGACAAUGCUGACAGCUAGCUCUCUUUUGUACCCUUCCCCUCCUGCCUUCCGUGUAUCACCUCUGACAGCUUGGGCAAAGGGCAAAGGACCAAUGGCUUAAUUGUAUGAAAGAAAGAAAGGAGGGUCAAAGAAACACUGGCGUCAUUGGAGCUGAGACAGCUGAACGUAUGUCCCCACCCACUUUCUUAUAGUGAAAGAUAACUGGGAAUGUGUGCAAUUAGGAGGAAUAAGACCAGCUUUAUAUUUUUAAAUAAAAUGUUUUCAUCCGUC